AUGGAUCUCUUCUCGUUGAAAGGUAGAACCGCUUUGGUCACAGGUGGCAGUCGUGGCAUCGGCCACGCCAUGGCUAUUGCGUUGGCUGAAGCUGGGGCGGAUAUUGUGCUAGUCCAACGGGACACAAAUAACCCCGCCACGAAAGAGCAGAUCGAAAAAUUGGGCCGCAGGGCCAGCAUCUAUACUGCCGACCUGGCCUCGCAGGAGUCCGUAUCACGACUUGUGUCAACGGUGAUCCAAGAUGGGCAUGACCUUGACAUCCUGCUGAACUGUGCGGGGAUUCAGCGGCGACACCCGAGUCACGUCUUCCCCGACGACGAUUGGGAUGAGGUUGGCUUCUUCUCGCCACUGCCGCUGGCCGUCCCUGUCAACCUCACUACCGUUUUCACCCUCUGUCGCGAUGUCGGCGCAUACAUGCUCACGCGAACCCCCAACGCGUCCGGCCAGCGCGGGAGCAUCAUCAAUAUCGCCUCUCUCGUCUCCUUCCAAGGCGGCCUCACCGUGCCCGCCUAUGCCGCUGCCAAGGGCGGAGUCGCUCAGCUCACCAAGGCCCUGUCCAACGAGUGGGCUUCCCGGGGAAUCAAUGUCAACGCCAUUGCGCCUGGGUACGUGGCGACAGACAUGAACACAGCGUUGAUCCAGGACCAGGAGAGGGCGGCGAGUAUCCUGGAACGAAUUCCAGCGGGGCGCUGGGGGACUCCGGAGGACUUUAAAGGGUCGGUAGUGUAUCUGGCCAGCCGAGCAAGCGCGUACGUGAGUGGUGAGGUUCACACGGUGGACGGCGGCUGGAUGGGAAGGUAA